UAAGCAUUCUUCAGUCAGUCGCACGGGUUGCGUGAUUGCUCGAAUCGACAAGGACCAGGGAUACCACACUGAUUGACCAUAUGCGAUGAAAAGAUUGAUUGCGAUGGAAAAAAAAAGGAAAGGAAAUGACGCAAAUAGCGAGAUGGAGAGGAAUCGCUCUCUCCCCGAGUUCCCAUCGAGGACGCUUGCCUCUUGCGUCAGCCCUCGCUGAACCUUCGACUCCUUCAAAUACAUUUAAGUCUUUCUUCAACAUCGAAACGCAUUCAAUCGUAAAGUUUUGAAGUCAGACUCCCAAAAAUCAGAUCCCAAAGACACAAUGACGGGUCUUCAACCAGGAGACACUUUCCCCACCGGCGUGACUUUUUCGUACGUCCCAUAUACCGAUGAAAAGAGUGACAUCUCUGCUUGUGGCGUCCCCGUAAACUACGACGCUUCCAAAGAAUUUGCUGGCAAAAAGGUCGUCCUUGUCUCCGUACCCGGAGCAUUCACUCCGACCUGCUCUGAAAAACAUCUCCCAGGCUAUAUAGAAAAUUGGCAGAAGUUCAAAGAGAAAGGGGUCGACAUCAUCGCUGUCAUUGCAAGUAACGAUGCAUAUGUGAUGAGUGCCUGGAGCAAGUCCAAUAACAUCAAGAACGAUGAUAUUCUGUUCCUAUCUGACCCCGGAGCGGCCUUUUCCAAAGAUAUCGGUUGGACUAAAGGUGAACGCACUGCGAGAUAUGCUCUUUUGAUUGAUAAUAACCAGAUUGUGUAUGCUGAAAAAGAGCCUGGCCGUGAGGUGACUGUUUCCUCUGCUGAUGAGGUACUAAGAAACAUUUAAAGCUAAAAGAGCUGUAAUUACAGUCACACUCAAGGUCUGGGUAGGAGAUAUUUCUAGUAAGAGGUUCACAAGUGUUUUUUAAGUAGUUUACAGAUUCAAAUAGCCUUGCACGAUCACUAGAUAUGUCAGGUUUUAAGAAUAAGAACGAGUGAAGUAAAUCCCGG